CCUGACCCCCCUGUGUUCUGGACGCGCCCCUGCAGGGUGUCAGGAUGUGGCACGGCGGGGCUUUGGUGCGCUGCCCCUUUAAGAUUUAGGAUUUGGGAGUGACGCGGACAUGAGAGACAGUUUGUCCCUGUUUCCUUUGCUAUGAAAAAUAUUUGGACUAACAAGCCCAACGACUGCCAGCCCAGGUUGAUUACUUCAUCUCGAUGCGGGGUUUUUACGUGAUUUGCAAGCGAAAUCAAGCCCGCAGCGUGUAGCGUUUGAGGCCGACUCAGCGCGUCGGGAUUAGAGCUUCUUUUACGGGGCCUUCCUGCGAGCUGCGGGGAGAACUUUGGAGAACUUCUUUGUACUCGGGAGAUAGCUCUGCAAAGUAGCGGAACAUGGACUGGGGCACGGAGCUUUGGGACCAAUAUGACAUCAUAGAGAAGCACACACAGUCUGGUCUGGAGCUGAUGGAUAAGUAUGUAAAGUUUGUAAGGGAGAGAACAGAGAUUGAGCAGAACUACGCCAAACAGCUGAGGAAUCUUUCAAAGAAAUAUAACCAAAAACGAAGCAACAAAGAUGAGCCAGAGUGCAGGCUGUCCAGCCACCAGUCGUUUUUGAACAUCUUGAAUGAGAUGAACGACUACGCGGGCCAGAGGGAGCUGAUUGCAGAGAACCUGAUGAUAAACAUCUGCAUCGAUCUCAACAAGUACCUGCAGGAGAUCAAACAGGAGCGAAAGACGUAUUUAAUGGAGGCCAAGAAGGCCCAGCAGAGUCUGGAAAGCACCUACAAGCAGCUGGACAAUAGCAAAAAGCGCUUCGAGAGGGAAUGGAGGGAAGCGGAACGAGCAGCGCAGCACGCGGAAAAGACGGACCAGGACAUCAACGCCACCAAAGCCGACGUUGAAAAAGCAAAACAGCAAGCUCAUAUGAAAGCACACAUAGCAGAGGAGUGCAAGAACGACUACGCCGCUCAGCUCCAAAAAUACAACAAGGAGCAGAACCAGUUCUAUUUUAAUGACAUGCCCCUCAUUUUCAAUAAAUUGCAGGAUCUGGAUGAGAGGCGAGCACGGAAGUUAGCCCAAGGCUACAUCUUGUUCUCGGACACAGAGAAGCACGUGAUGCCCAUCAUAGGCAAAUGCCUGGAGGGCAUUACUAAAGCCGGCUCCAAUGUUAAUGAGAAGAAUGACUCCAGGAUUGUAAUAGAGCAGAAUAAGUCGGGCUUUGAGCGACCUGGAGAUCUGGAGUUUGAGGACUACAGUCAGGGGAUCAAUCGCGCCUCGUCCGACAGUAGCUUGGGAACACCUAAAGGCCCCAUAGACAUUCUGGGAAAGAACAGAAGCAAAAACUUUUGGCUUUUCAGCAGGAGGAGUAAGUUCUCCUCCUCCACACUCACUCCUUUCUCCACACCACCGACCCCCUCACCCUCUAAUGGAUCAACUUCCCCCAAGUUUGGCCGGGACCCCCUGUCGUACUGUUUGAAGGAGAUCAAUAAGACAGUCAAACCCAGAAUCUCUUCAUUCCGGACACUCAGGAGAUCGAAAGUGACUCCAGAAAAGGCCUUGCCGACGGUAACGGAAGACUUUGGCCACCUACCUCCAGAGCAGCGCAGGAAGAGGCUGCAACAGAAGUUUGAAGAAAUCUGCAAAGAGUUGCAGAAGGAAGUGGAUCAGAGUGAAGCUCUUGGAAAGAUGAAAGAUGUUUAUGAGAAAAAUCCUCAAAUGGGAGACCCGGCUAGUCUUGCACCCCAAAUUAACCAAACAUCCCAGAAUAUAGAGCGGCUUAGAGGAGAGAUGAGCAAGUAUGAGACUUGGCUGGCUGAAGCUGGCGGCCGAGGAGACGCGCUACGCUAUAGGGCCCACUCUUUUAAUAAUAAUGGAGCUCAUGAUGUAUACAGUCCCGAUGGAGCUCAUUCUGAUGAAAGCACUCCGGAUCCCUCCCAAGCCAUUUAUGCUGAGUUUGAUGAUGACUUUGAUGAUGAAGAGCUAGCAGCUCCUAUUGGGGAAUGCACCGCGAUGUACAACUUCCCUGGCAUCAGUGAAGGAACCAUCUCCAUGCAGGAAGGGGAUGUUCUGGCUGUGGUGGAGGAGGACAAAGGGGAUGGGUGGACCCGAGUCCGGAGGAACAACGGAGACGAGGGAUACAUACCCACUUCCUAUGUCAGCAUCACUCACAAAAAAUAGGAGCGAAACACAAAACUGUUUGUGGUUCUAUGUUGGAUCAACCAUAAAGUCGCCUCAUCACCUUGUGGGCGGGACUGCCUGAAAAGAUUCAAAACAAGCACUCAACUUCCUGAGAAUGGCGCCCAGAAACGGUGCUAGCAGUGUGAUCCUUACAUUUUUGCAAUUUUAGUUACACAAAAAAGGAUUUUUCGCUUCUAAUUUUCAAAAAAAACAUUUUUUUCUUAAGAAUAAAAAGUCUUGCUCUGCAGUGGAAGGGCUUGCGUCAUUCUCUGGCCUUACGAACAUAAAAGGAUGUAGUUGAGGACAAGGAGGAGGAGCAUCAUCGCUGCUGCCAUCUUUCCACUGAGUGUUAACCUGAGUAACACUAAGGAGGAAGUUACCUCACCUGCUUAAAAACUGACAAGCUCUGUCACUCCACAGCCAGCUCCACUGCAGAAUGAAUAACCUGCUUCAUUUGUUUCAAGAGUGUUACCGCCUUUGAGCAAACAUGGGAGGAAAAAUGUUUCCUUUUUUUUUUUUUUUUUCAUUUCCAACGGGCCAAAUCUGUGGACAGCAGGAUCGUACCCUAUUUGUAAAAGGACCAGACAAUCUCAUCUGUUCAUCUAAUCAUCCAAUGCCAAGAAAAACUGAAGUUUUUAUUUUUAAACCACCUAAAAAAAUUGUACUAAAAUUAAUUUAUUACGAAUGUAUAUAAAUAGAUAUUCAUGUUUAUCAGAAGUUGUAAGUAGUAAGAAAAAUGUUUGGAUGUUCCUUUUCUCGUUGCACAACCAUCGGACGGUCCGUAGCCACAAAAGGGAGUUAUAAAUGCACACAUUAAAAAAUAAGGUCCAUUUAGACCGUUGUAUUUAUAUAAUAUAUAUUUUAGCUAUUACACCACUAUUGUCUUAUUAGCUUUUUAGCCUUUCAAAUAAAGAAUGUUUUAUUGCAAGAGAAAACCGAAAGUAUGUAACGUUUUUAUGUGGAUUUGUCUGAGACAUGUUGACUCAUAUUUUAAUGUACAGGAACCAGCGGGAAACAUAACCUCUUCCCGUUAAUGUGUCUUUUUGUGCCUUUCUGGUUAAACGCAUUUCGUACCACUUUGCAUUUAAGAUGUUUUCUUUGUUUUUUCACAACUUAAUAAACUUAGAGCACAUUUCACAAUGAGAA